CCCGUCCUUCUCCUCGAUCAGUUAGUCCUCGGUCUGCCUCAAAGUGGUGCGCGCGACGCAAGAGAGCUCCACCAGGAUCAACUUAACUGCAUGCAGGAAACUGAAGACUUGCUGAGAUUUCUUUUUCCUGCUCUUCUCCCGCGAAAUACACACUGCCUUAAGGAUAUGCCUCUCUCCGAACUCAGUUCCUUUCAUCGGUCUCUUGACAUGCACCGGAAUAUGUGGAAAUCGGUUUCGUGAACACUUUAUUCCAUUUACACCGAAUUUGAAAAAAAAAGAAAAGGAAAAGAGAUCUCCAUCUUUGAAGUUGCCGGCCGGAUCGUUACGGAGAUACAAUGAAUCCAUCUGUUCUAGAUGAGGCGCCAAGAGAUCCUGGUGUACGUGUGACUCACCACAGCUAUACUGAUAAAGACUUUGAAGGCCAUAGAGCUCACACAGUCUACGUUGGUUUACAUGUUCCUGGUUAUCAUCGGAGAAGCCAUCAUAGGAGACACAGGCAUCAUCACAAAAAUGGUCACAAGAAACGGGAUGAUGGAACUUCAGCAGAAUAUCCUAGUGAAUUGCAUAGACCAGUUACUCCACCUGCAGAGCGUGUUCAUUUCAUUCUUGGUGAAGAUGAAGAUGGUACUCAUGAAUCGCAUCCCCUCUUUAGUGAAAUGGAGGAGUUGCAUUAUGUGGGAGAUGAAAUGGAAUGGAGAGAAACAGCCAGGUGGAUAAAGUUUGAAGAAGAUGUUGAAGAAGGUGGGAACAGGUGGUCGAAACCCCACGUUGCCACAAUAUCUUUACAUUCACUCUUCGAGCUAAGAAGUUGUAUUCUAAAUGGUACAGUAAUGUUAGAUUUAGAAGCAACUAAUCUUGAUCAAAUAUCUGAUCUUGUCUUGGAAAAUAUUGUCAAUGCUGGUCAUUUGCAACUGGAAGCCCGAGAUAGGAUAAAAGAAGCCCUUCUUCGCAGGCAUCGUCAUCAACAUGAGCGAAGGCAUGACAAAGUGGACAAAGGCUCUCGGUUACCCCUUAUUCGAUCCCUUGCUGAUAUUGGACGGAAUUCUAGCAAGAGCAUGUUUGGUUCUAGUAGUAGUGCACCAAAUACAACGGGACAAGAUACUAUUGUUAAAAGCCCUAGCUGUUCCUCAUUAAACCUUGGAAGUAGUAAUUCCCACUCUGGACACAAUUCUCAUAAUCUUGCCGAUGUAUCUGGUGGGAAUUCUACUAGUUCAGCUGAUUUACAGCAUCGACUAAACCAAGCCUUUAUGAAAAAAAUUCCACCUGGUGCUGAAGCUUCCAACAUCUUGGUUGGUGAAGUGGACUUCUUAGAUCGUGCAGUUAUUGCCUUUGUUCGUCUUAGUCAAGCAACAAAUCUUGGUGACCUGACUGAAGUGCCCGUGCCUACUCGCUUCCUGUUCAUUCUAUUGGGUCCUUCGGGAAACUUGGGUCGCUAUCAUGAGAUCGGUCGUGCUAUGGCAACUCUUAUGUCUGAUGAGGUAUUCCACGAUGUUGCCUACAAAGCUAAAAGCAGGCAAGAUUUGCUUGCUGGUGUGGAUGAAUUCUUAGAUGCUGUUACAGUCCUGCCGCCUGGGGCCUGGGAUCCAAGUAUAAGAAUAGAACCACCCCAACAGUUACCAUCACAAGAGGCAAGGAAAAAGACUGAAACUCAAGAAGUAAAAAUUGAUGAAGAAGAAGAAGAAGAAAAAGAAAGAGAAGAAAGUGGUUUGAAGAGGACUGGGAGAUUAUUUGGUGGCCUUAUAAAUGAUGUAAAAAGAAAAACACCCUGGUAUUGGACAGACUUCAAAGAUGCUUUUGCUAUUCAAUCUCUAGCUUCAAUAUUUUUCUUAUAUUUUGCUUGCUUAACGCCUAUUAUUACAUUUGGUGGCUUGUUGGGUGAUGCAACUGAAGACAGAAUAGCUGCCAUGGAAAGUCUCUUGUCUGGUGCAAUCUGUGGCAUUUUAUAUGGCUUAUUUAGUGGCCAGCCGUUGACAAUCUUAGGAAGCACUGGUCCUGUACUUGUUUUUGAAACAAUACUUUAUGACUUCUGCAAAGAAAAUGAUCUUGAAUAUUUGCCUCUUCGGUUGUGGAUUGGCUUGUGGACCGCAUUUAUUUUGAUAGUCCUGGUUGCUUUCGAUGCUAGUGCAUUAGUUUGUUAUAUUACUCGUUUCACAGAAGAAAAUUUUGCUACUUUAAUUUCUCUAAUAUUUAUUUAUAAAUCAGUUGAAAAGGUAUUGGCUAUUGGCCAUUAUUAUCCGUUAAGUUCUCCAGCAGUUCAAGAUUUCCCUGGCACAUGUGUAUGUACACCAAUCAAUAGCACAGAUUUGGAUGAAUCCACAUUGAAUGUCUUCAGUUCAUACAAUAGCUCAAUGUGUAGUUCUUUCAAUGGGACAUUGACUGGACCCGGCUGUAUACCUCCUUAUCCUGAUGUCUACUUAUUUUCCAUAAUUUUGUAUGCCGCCACAUUUUCAAUAUCCGUCUUCUUGAAAGAAUUCAAGUUCACUCCAUUUUUCCCAUCAAAGAUACGAAGCACUAUAAGUGAUUUUGCAGUCGUAAUAUCCAUCCUUUUAAUGACAGUUGUUGAUGCAAGCGUUGGCCUCCCUACACCAAAGUUACAAGUUCCAGCUAAAUUUCAACCAACGUGGAAUACUGGACGAGGAUGGCUUAUUCCAUUUUUUGGAGAAAAGAAUCCUUGGUGGACCGCAAUUGGUGCAAUUUUACCGGCACUUUUAGCCACUAUUUUGAUUUUUAUGGAUCAACAAAUCACAGCUGUAAUUAUUAAUAGGCGGGAAAAUAAAUUGAAAAAAGGUUGUGGCUAUCACUUGGAUUUGUUUGUUCUUGCUUUACUAAUUGUUAUAUGUUCUGUAUUGGGUCUUCCUUGGUUCGUGGCAGCUACUGUUCUUGCAAUGACCCAUGUCAAUUCUCUUCGCAUGGAAUCGGAAUGUUCAGCACCUGGAGAAAAACCUCAGUUUUUAGGCGUCAGAGAACAGAGAGUUACACAAAUUUGCAUCUUUGCUUUAGUGGGCUUAUCAGUUCUAUUUACUUCUGUCCUUCAGUAUAUUCCAAUGCCUGUUUUGUAUGGGGUCUUCUUAUACAUGGGAGCUUCUUCACUCCAAGGCUCACAGUUCUUCGACAGAAUGUUGAUCAUUUUUAUGCCACAAAAGUAUCAACCAGAUCUUGUAUUUUUGCGCAGCGUGCCAACUCUACGUGUCCAUUUGUUUACUGCUGUUCAGUUAACAUGCUUGAUUAUCUUAUGGGUUAUUAAGUCUUAUAAACCAACAUCCAUUGGAUUUCCUCUAAUGCUGGUAGUGAUGAUUGGAGUUAGAAAAUUGCUGGAUUUCGUAUUUACCCAAAGGGAACUAAAAAUUCUAGAUGAUGUCAUGCCAGAAUCUGCAAAAAGGAAUGCUGAAGAAGAAGAAAAAAGAUUAGAAGAGAUGCAUGGAAGUCUGAUGCCAAAUGCCAGUUCAGGAAAUGUAGCCAUUACAUUAGCUAAUGGCAACAUUCUCAAGGUACCGGUUGAAAAAUUCAACAAAGAUGAACCUGAUCAAUCAGCAAUCAACAUAUCAGAACAGCUUGCACAGUCUGGAAUUUGGCAGAGUAUUGAUCAGCAAGCACAAAAUACACCUGUUGUUGUUGAACCCAAAGUGACUAAUUCUUCAUCUAGUAAGAAAAAAAGAGGCAAGAAGAAAGAUGCAAUCUGCGACGAGGAACAUAAACGACUUUCCACCAUGGCUGAAGAAGAUGAUGAAGAUGACUGUGGAAUAAUGAUUCGAAUUGAUGCCCCAACUCCUACACCUUCUAUUGUCUCACCCAAACAUUCAAGAAAGAAUGGUGGAGGGGAUCAAAACGAAACUUCUGUGUGAUAGGCGGAUGUUACGAGUUGUGGGCAUCUCAGGACAAACUAAUUAUGUAUGCUCUUGAUUAAAAGCACGUACCCACACCUGCCCAGAGCUCAUUAGUAAAUCCAAGAGAUUGUAUAUGUUGCAGAAAUAAAGGGAUAGUGCUUUGCAUAUGUAAUUUAGUCUUCCGCAUUGAGGCUAUAAGAGUAGUCUUGUUCCAACGUUAAAGAAAAGUCGAGUAAACGUGAAUGGGUCAUACUUUUAAAAUGAAGUACUGUAAGGUAAACACACCAGUAGUGGCCAGUGCUUCAGUAGUAGCCACAGUGAAGUAUAUUUUUAAACUGUGGGUCUUCAAUAUUAAUAACCUCUCUUGAAACUCAAUCAGCGUAUUAUAGCGCAACUCUUCCUUCAUUGUCCUAUUCUCUAAGAAUGACAGAAUUCCAAUUUGUUCAAUAUUUUAUCCAUUUUUUCCUCAAACAUCAAAUUUGAUCCAUUAGUGACCACUACAAAAUCUGAAAAUUUCAGUAGUGGCCAUCUGACAUUCUCCCCUCUGAAGAAUUUACAUUACUUACUUUAAAUUCAAAUAACUGAUGAAUUAAAUUGAUUCAAUAUGAUAAUUACAUUAAGUGCCAAUAAAUUAAUCACAUUCGUUCGUUUCUUUCUUCAAAGUAUGUAAGUAACCUUGAAGUUGCCACUACUGGUGUUUUACCUUACUGUAUGCUCGCAUGGAAACAUUUGCUAGGUUAAUUUUGUUUUUACUUCUAAGCCAAACAAAUAAAAAAUUUUGUACUAAGCCUGAUAUCGUAAGAUCCUAAAGGUUGUUGCUUUUCUAUGAGUUAAUAAAUAUUUGGUUUCAUAGCAAUUUCAGUUACUCACAAUUCUAUAUAAAAUGGGAAUCGAAUAAUUUAGUCUUCAAUCACUAGAUGACUUGCUUUACUUUCAAAAUCCAUCUUGUGAAAGUCAUCUGCAAGAGAAAGCAAAUCAUUCGUCGAUUUUAAUGAUUUUAGCUAGAAGUUUCUCUGUCCUUUCAACAAACGUAAAAAUGCAGAGAUCUUAGCAGCCUUUCAGAAUAGCAAAUAGGAAAUUGUGGCCUAGUGAUAUAGUUAUAUCACUCACAUAUAAAAUAAAACUUGCAUCAUUUUGAAAUGUUUUAUCAUUAGGAGAAAAAAAAAUUUAGAGAAUGUUGUGGAUAUUUUUUCCUCCCAAGUAAAGGAAGUAUUAAAAUGAUGUUUAUUUUCUAGACGUUAUUUAUUGAACAUUUAACCAUACAUUUCCUAUUAUAAUAAAAUAUGUGCAGUUGUUUCAGGGAGCAAUUUUAAUUUUUAAAUUUACUUUCUACUUUUAUUUUAGUUUUUAAAAUUGUGUUUUUGAUUUACAAUUAUUACAUAUUGUCUUCUUCAAUUGUAUCUGUUUAUUAAAAAAAAUGCUUAUGCUUGUA